AUGGCAGAUAAAAGAGUACCAUCAGUUCUAGUAUCAUCACUUCGUGUUGGUAUGGGAAGCACAUACCUAAAAACAAGAAAAGAUGACACUGACAAGAAUGAUAAAGAUAGACAAAAAGAAGAAUUAAGACAAAGAGAAUUAAAAUCAUUAGAAAAGAAAUCUGGUAUUAAAUUUGAAGAUACCUCAAUUGAAAAUGAUAAAGAAUUAUUAAAAUUAAAGAAUAGAUUAAUAAAUGAAGAAGAAGAGGAAAAUAAUAAAACAUCAACUACAACUACAACUACAACAUCAAAUAUAAAGAAGAGAAAAGGUAUAGACGAUGAUGAUACAGAUAGCGAUGAUAGUGAUAGUGAUAGUGAUGAUGAUGAUGAUGAUGAUGAUGAUAACAAUGGUUCAAAGAAUAAAUUUAAAAAAGUUGAUAAAGAUCAUUCAGAUAAUAGUGAAAAUAAUGAUUCAGAUGACUCUGAUGAUUCAGAUGAUUCAGAUGAUGAAGAAGAAUUAAUGAAAGAACUUGAAAAAAUUAAAAAAGAAAAAGCAGAACAACAAAAGAAAAAAGAAUUAGAGAGACAACAAGAAUUAGAAAAAGAGCGUUUAGAAAGAGUCGCUCAUGGUAAUCCUUUAUUAAAUAAUAACAAUAGUAAUAAUAACAAUAAUAAUAGUAGUGGUGAUUAUUCUAUAAAGAAAAAUUGGUUUGACGAUGGUGUUUUUAAAAAUCAAGCUAGAGAUGAACCCGUUGUAAAGAAGAGAUUUAUUAAUGAUACAACUAGAAGUGAUUUUGCUAAAAAAUUCUUAUCAAAAUAUAUAAAAUAA